CGAAACGACAGCACUCGCGAAAGAUCGUGAUAUCUCGUGAACUGAGAGUCGACCGAGGAUGGAGGAAGAGGCUCGCAAGCUUCUCGCGGAGGGAAUUAAAAAGAAAUUAACCAGUCCCGGUAAAGGAGACUUAUCGACCUUUCCCAAUGGAACUAAGGUGGUCUUUCACUACCGCACCAGCCUGUGUGAGGGCACCGUGCUGGAUGACUCCAGAACCAUGGGGGGCCGCAGUAAACCCAUGGAGCUCAUCCUGGGCAAAAAGUUUAAAUUGGCUGUGUGGGAAAGACUGGUCAUCACUAUGAGAGAAGGAGAAGUUGCAGAAUUUACCUGUGACACCAAGCACACAGCACUUUAUCCGCUUGUGUCCCAGUCCUUAAGAAACAUCAGUGUUGGUAAGGACCCUCUGGAAGGCCAGAGGCACUGUUGUGGCAUUGCCCAGAUCCACUCGCACCACUCUCUGGGCCACAAGGACCUGGAUCAUCUCCAAGCCAAUCCACAGCCACUUGUCUUUACUAUCGAGCUGCUGGAGGUUCUUCCUCCCGGGUCAUUCCAGCUGGAUGUGUGGGCCAUGACGGAUGAAGAGAAACUCAGUUUUGUGCCUCAGAUCCACGAGGAGGGCAACAAGCUCUUCAAAGAAGGCCACAUCAGUGAGGCCAGAGACAAAUACUACAAUGGCAUCGCCUGCCUUAAAAACCUACAGAUCAAGGAGCAACCUGGAGAUGAAAGUUGGUUAAAGUUGGACCGGAUGAUCACAACACUGCUUCUCAACUACUGUCAGUGCCUCUUGCUCGAGGGCCAGUAUUACGAGGUCAUCGAACACUGCUCGUCCCUUCUCUUCAAAUACGAGAACAACGUAAAGGCCCUUUACAAGCGCGCUAAAGCCCACGCUGCUGUGUGGAACGAGACGGAGGCGCGAGCCGACUUCGCGAAGCUCUUGGAACUGGAUCCUUCUCUGGGGCCGUCUGUGGCCAAGGAGCUGAAAACCAUGGAGGAGAGGAUCCGCUCCAAACAGAAGGAGGAAAAGGGUCGCUACAAGGACCUGUUCAACUACAACACGCCACCAGCUACUGCCACUACAGGUUGAAGUCUCGAUGAGUUGGACUCGAGAGGAUGCCUGUUAAUUUCAAGAUGGAGGAGAGAAACAGUCGGUGCGCUCGGCGUUUCACUUUUAUUCCAUCCAAGCCAAACACCCAGCCACGGGUCGAUGCGCAAACAAAACUUGCAUUGCAGCUUUAGUCCUCUAAAUGUUAAAUUAAGAUUUUGAUUUGAAAAUGUUUAUGUUGUAGCUGGAAUUUAAAGUGAAAACCCAGUUUUUUUAGAGGACUGUAAUGUAAGGCACAGCCAUUAAUUCAGUCUGUAAUAUUAAUUUAAAGGAAGGUUGUUUUUUUUUUCCAUUUACCUUCUUAAAGGGAGCGUUUUCCUUUUAAUGAUCAACUUAUCUGCAAUUUGGGAGCCCAUUACCAUGAUCAAAAUGAUCAGAAAAUCUUGUUUUUUUUGGACAAUCAUGUAUCUCAUCUUUGCCUCGCACCCCCUUUCUAUUAUGGUCACAGCAGAAUCACCAUGACUACAUGAUACGUGGGCCAUGAAACGUAACCUCUGCGACAAUCUUGUAAAACACUUUCAUUGUCUUUGCUUUCUACUGUGUACUUAUUUCACGUAUGUACCAAAUACUACCUUUAUUUUUAUGUCAAGAUGUACUCUGCGCAAACUCACAGUAUCUCAUUCACUUGCUUAGAAAGAGCUACUCUUUACUGUUCAUGUGAAGCAGUGCGUCAUUUAGCCCAAGCUUGCCUGCAGUGACAUGUUAUUGAGGUUGUGAUUGUGGAACUGUAAAUAAAUCUGUGUUUAUCCUCAGCUUUGUGUUUUGUUAAAUACGGCCUAUAGAGCUGGAUUUAUUAAAAAAAAAAAUUUGGAUGUUUUCUAUCAAUCAGAAGUCUUGAGUGAAAAAACAAACUGUCCUUGCUCUUUAAAUGUUUUCUAGAUUAAGGCCGUUGAGUUUAAUUUCCUAAAAAUAAAGAAAUAAAUCUGCCAAGUAUGUUGUCAAAACACUAUUUCCAAGGUCAAUAAACAUUUCAACUACUUUUAUAAAAACAAAAAAACACUCCAUUCAAAGAUGUUGAAUCACAUUUGUUUGAUAAAACCUACUGUAACAUCUUAAAACCCUAAAAAGCAUUUUACAGUUUUUUUGUGAUUUUUUUUUUUUUUUUUAUUUAUACAUACCGAAUCUCAAAAAUCUGGUUUACAAAAUUUCCAUACUAACAAACUGACAUGAGAUAUACAGAGUUCUUGGGAAUGAGAAACGUCCGAUGUGUGUUUACAAAAUAUGGAAAACAAAACAAGGGUGAAAGGAACAGGAGGAUAUUCAAGAUGUACAGAAUAACAGAAAAUGCUCAUGGGUUGAAAACUGGAUGUUCAAAAUCGACACAGGAGCACUGGUGCAGUGGGGACAUCUUUAAAAAAAGUCAACUUUCUUGGUCAAAUCCCAUUGUUGAACAAAUAUAAACAUUCCCAUCCACUUUGAUAUCCCCAGCUUGACCUAAAAAUGCUGAAAUUCCCCACAUUUUUAAAAUAGAUAUAAAAUUUUCUGUUUGCGUACGCCCAACGAGUUGCGGAAAGUUUGUCUUUACCAAAAUGGGCGAGGGGGAAAUGCUGUGAACAGAUACAAGGGGGCAUAAUGCACCUCUAAAAAGCCAGUGGAAAGAGGAAGGAUUUAAUUUAUAAUAACAACAAAAAAAAAAAAAGGUUAUAAAACAUCGAAUGGGGAUCACGAUGUGGGCAGGUGUCACAGGAAAAAGAGUGCCAGUGCCAGGUGGAGGGAUUUGUCCAAAAGGUUAUGUGCGGGCGCUUCUCUCCGUCUCUGCAAGACACUCCCUGACCAGUGCACGGGCAUGGAUUAUACCUGUAUGACACAAACACAAGGCAAGUUUACAAAAAAAAAAAAAAAACUCAAAUACAACAAACGCAACAGUCAUUACUGCCAAGUUAGAGGUCUCUCAUUAACCAAGAAAACUGAGUUGAUUUAACCCAUAAAAGUAUUUCAAAGAAGACCCGCUAAUGUUGUUUUCUUACCUACCUAAUUAGUGAAAAGUUGCUGUCAUUUCAUAUUCCAGCUAUACCUCAAAAACACUUUUUGGCUAUCAUGCCAUUUAAAAUUUUAACUUUCCUUUUAUACUUUUAAUAAAAUUCUAGUUUUUGUGUUUUUACCCCAAACUUCCUGCAUUUGUUUCCUAUGGAAUUACCCCAUAUUCUUACAAAGUGUGAGUGUCAGGAAUAUAUUUUUGUGGACCACAAAGAGUGCAACCACUUAGGUUAUUUUACACAACAAGAACUAACACACAGUUUAUCCCCAGUGAUUGUGUCACUGUAGACAAGCGCUUGUGCCAUUCACGGGAAGGUUCAGAUUUUUACAAUAUAAUCCAAACAAGCCCGUCGAGUAUGGCCUAAAGAUCUUCUUGGUUUGUGAUGCACAAAUCUGGACUCAACAAAAUGGUGGAUGAAAAUACCAGAGAAGGGAAAAAAAGCACAACUGAUCCUGUUCUACAAUAAGACCAAAGGAGGUGUAGAUACUGUGGAUACACAAGACUUCUGGAAUGAUGCAUUUUGGACACACAAGACUAAAGUGGAGAUAUUCUGGGUAAUGCACAGCACAACACAAAUCAAACACAGCAUAUCAGCACAAACAUCUGUCUUGAACUAUCAGUGGUGGAGGUACAGAACAAAUCCCUGCAAACUUCAACGAACUGAAGCAGCUUUGUAAAGAAGAGUGGGAUCAUUACUCCAAAGAUAUGAAACUCAGUCAUACAGAAAAUGAGAACUUAUUUUUAGUUAUUGCUGCUAAAUGUACACAAGCUACCAAAUCAUAGAGUGUACUUAUAGUUUCACAGGACUGCACAGUCAUGUGACAAACCUUAUCUUUUAAAUGCAUGUAUGCAACUCAGUUUCACUAAAUUCUUCACUGUGCCCCACACUUUGACAAAUGUGUCUUAAUGGAUAACUGACUGUGGUAACUUCCAGCUGUCAUGGGGGGCUUUACCUAGAAAAUUUCUUAUAAAUGUGUAUAUCGGGCUUUAAGUCUUCAGCUGGAGUCAGAGACAAUUUUCUUUAUAUAAAAGGAUAAUAACAGAGCACUGUUACUGCAGCAAGUAAAUAAGCAUUUUCAGAAUAAGCUGUGUGAAAUCCACAUUCACCAAAGAGCUAAGACAAGUGAAAAGUUCACCACUCUUCCUCUGAUCCCAUUUGCAUAAUAGAUGCAUCAAAAAAACAAAAAACAAAACUUCACCCCACCCCCCAAACACCGAAACAACAGCAACAAUGAUCUGAAUCCUACUGACAUGCACUUUUGACUACUAAAACAUACCUCUCUUUAGCCUCUCCAUAGCGCUCUUGCUCCCUGCGUACGUGGGCCUGAUCUCACGGCUCAUCUCCUCAAUGACAGACAGGAGCUCACUGUAGGUGGACCCUUGGGACACUUUCACAGGCUG